UUUCUUAUUUUCCAAUUCACGCGAAUUAAGUGGCAUUCUCGCCCAAUUUUUUUCAAUAAAACUUGGUGGGUUUUCUAGUUUAUUUCAUUUCAAAAUGUCGUCUGCAAAUGAUCCGACUAAACCACCCUAUGUGCAUUUUUUUGGAGUAAUGGGAGCGACUGCAGCUAUGGUUUUUAGUGCUUUAGGAGCUGCUUAUGGCACGGCGAAAAGCGGCACAGGAAUCGCUGCUAUGAGUGUGAUGAGACCUGAACUGAUUAUGAAAUCUGUUAUCCCAGUCGUAAUGGCCGGUAUUCUUGGGAUUUAUGGCUUGGUGGUUGGAGCUUUGAUCGGAAAUGGAAUGGAUGCAAGCUACACAUUAUAUAAGAGCUUCUUGGAUUUAGGAGCUGGCUUGAGUGUUGGUCUCAGUGGGCUUGCUGCAGGUUUUGCUAUUGGUAUUGUUGGUGAUGCAGGUGUACGUGGUUCUGCACAACAACCACGUCUCUUUGUUGGAAUGAUCCUUAUCCUGAUUUUUGCUGAAGUUUUGGGGCUUUAUGGUUUAAUUGUUGCUCUUAUAUUACACACAAAAUCAUAAACUUCUAACUAUCAUAACAUUAUUUUAUUUUCAACAUCUGUACUAAAACCAAGUCAUACCAUUAUCAAUCAGCAACAGCGUCCGGAAUUGUAAUUUCUGGCUUAAAUUCUCGCUAGUUUGCAAUAAGGCAAAUCAAAUGUGCGUAAAUUGUUGCUGUAUUUAAUUUCCACUCUUAAUUAUAUUGUGUAGCUUACUGCAUUAAUAAAAAUGUGAAUAUUGAAUGAAGACUGUCAAUUUUAAGU